GUUGGACGGGUUGACAGGCAACGGUUGGCGCCUCAAGCGUAUGUUUGGCAAUCGCAAGUUUUUUCCGCGCCAAGUGAAUUUCAACAAUAACAACAACAACAAAAACUCAUCCAAGCUGUAAUCAGUUUUGUCUUGCUGUGUGUGCGUAUGUGUGAGCAUGCGUAGCUCGCACGCAUGUGUGCGUAUGUCAGCGUGUGUAAUCCAAGAAAAUCUGUCACGUGCUUCGUAUAUCUCUUUGUGCAACUCCACACGCAACGUACUUAUUGAAUAAAAUAAAAGAUAAAUGCGCCCGAAAUAAACACAAAUCCAAAGGAUACGAAAUUGGCCCCAACUUGACAGAUGUUGUUUUUCAGCUGGAAAAACAAUUCGUCCGCGUGCAGCCUUCGGAGUGUGAAGAACUAAAGAAAGACUUACUUACAGGGCAGCCAGUGGAGAGCUCAUAAAACUAAAAGAGACAAAAUAGAAGACAAACUAAAACAAUAACAGGCACAAACAAAUAAACAAUCGUAUGCAAAAAUUAUGAACAGUCGUCGAAGUGCGGAAGUGUGAAAAGUUUGCGCAAUAAAAUUGGCAAUAAAAUCGAAAAAAAAAUCAGAGCAAAAGCGACCGUCCCAUAAAAGACCGCCAACUCUUGCGAUUUACGUUUAUAUCUACAUAUAUAUAUUCAUAGCAAAUAAUUUUUAUUUGUCAAAUUGUUUGCGCGAAAAAUUUCGUCAACGUGCGCAGAAAUCAAGAGUGAAACAAACCGAGUGGCAAAAUCCUUAACAUUUCUUAUACGCCACGUGUUCGCAGUCAGCAAAACCAACAGAAGUAGAGAUUUAUUUCGGCUAGCUGUUAAAUGCGUUUACAUAUCUCUGACGCGGCAAUUGCCGCCUUCUUUAGUGCAGCGAAAUAUAAGUAAAUGUGAAAGUGCCGAGAUUCGCAUUAUUUCUGCGUAGGUGAACACAAUUAUCAGAGCUCUCAAAAAGAGGGGCGGGAGCGCAGCAUGCGCUUGUGGAAAAAUCGAUCCAAAAUGCGAAUAGCCGCAGUUGGCCGGGUGCCCAUCAGCACCACCAUUACCAGGAACACCACCAGGAGCACUAACAGAGCAACACAUAGGUCCAAGCAGCUGGCACAGCUACUUAUUGGCGGCAUUUUCUACAUGACAAUUGCAUCGCAUCCACAGAUGAGAGCAGCGGCCACAGCCACCGCCCCAGCCACAGCCACUGCCACAGCCACGGCCGACAGUUUCGAUGAGAGCGGCGUGGACACGUCCUCGUCGGCAGCUGUUGGUUUCCCGGCUCAAGUGUCGUCCUUGCUGCCCGAGGUCGGCGCCCUGUCGGCGACUGGUGCCCUGGUGGAGCCCUAUCUGGAUGGCUAUGCCACAUCGAAUGUGACCACGCAGAUUGGCACCCAUGCCUAUCUGCCCUGUCGGGUAAAACAGCUUGGUAACAAGUCCGUAUCCUGGAUUCGUUUACGUGAUGGCCACAUACUCACGGUCGACAGAGCUGUGUUCAUUGCGGAUCAGCGCUUUCUGGCGCUCAAACAGCCAGAUAAAUACUGGACGCUGCAAAUCAAAUAUGUGCAGGCGCGGGAUGCGGGCAUCUACGAGUGCCAGGUCUCCACGGAACCCAAAGUGAGCGCGCGCGUGCAGCUGCAAGUUGUUGUUCCUCGCACCGAAAUACUCGGCGAACCGGAUCGCUAUGUCAAAGCCGGCAGCAAUGUGGUCUUACGCUGCAUUGUGCGCGGCGCCUUGGAGCCGCCAACGUUCAUCAUGUGGUACCAUGGAGCCGAGCAACUGGCUGCGGAUUCGCGUCGCCAUCGUACGCAAUUGGAUCCGAAUCUGCCAGAGGCCAGCGGUGAGGGUCAGAGCACGAUCGGCUCAUUAAUCAUCGAGUCGGCCAAGAAGCGUGACACUGGCAAUUACACUUGUAGCCCGUCAAACAGUCCCAGUGCGACGGUAACGCUCAACAUUAUAAAUGGGGAAUCAUCGGCAUCGGCUGUGACGUCAUCCGCACCCAUCACACGUGCGUACACACUGGGCAUCCUGGCAUUGCUCCUCAGCGUUAUCCUUAUUGGGGCAGGACAUCGCACAUGACAAGUUGAGGCUGGAAGCAAACAGCAACCGAUAUAAGCUAAAACGAAAAGUAGCAGCAGCUACGAUUUGAAGCAAAAAUAAUAAGUGCAGCCAACAGAAAUCAUAAAUAAAUAAAAUGCAAAAUCCAGCAGUAAACUAUGCCAUACAAAAAUAUUAAAACAAAAUGCAUGUUGUAAGCUAGUUGAUUUUAUCUGCUAACUAAUAUAAUAAGCAUACAAAACUUUACACACGACCUAGAAAAACUGCAGAGGAAACGAAACGAAAAAAAAAUUGUUUGACAAGUUAAAAAAUUCAACUAAAUUGUAAGUACUACAAGCUCUAAGCAACUAGUCGUAAAACCUUAGAGCUAAGACAAAAAUAUAAUACCUACAUGCAUGUAUUUAUAUAAAUUUAACUGAUGUGGCAUUUGGUUGUCGUCUUUGUGUAUUGGCAAAUAUGAGUCUAUGUGUAUGUGUGUGUUUGCAUAAAUGCAUAAAAGUAAAUAUUUACGCAACAUCAAAUGAAAUUGCAUCGGAUGUUCUUAUCAGCCAGUGCAUGGCUUUGUGGACAGACGACGAGUCCAGUUGCAAUCGAAUAAAAAAUAAUAUUUAAUAUUUGGCCAUGCAGUUG